AUGGGUACGGGUGCGAGUUGGGGGUCUUGUUGGGGACCUUAUGGAGCCUUCGCGGGUGCUCUCGCUGGAGGUUUCGUUGCUCCUUUGUUAAGCGAAGAAAACAAGAUAUAUGAUCUUAACCGGUGGAAGAAUGUGAAUUUAGCUGGUAAUGCAAUUAAUUAUGGAGCAAACAUUAUAGAAGCGGGAUUUAUUUGGAACAAUCAUACUAGGAUAUCUAAAUUGGAAGAGGAAUUAAUGAAUAGGCAUUAUUGCGGAAUUAAUAGGGAUGAAAACAGUAAAGAAUUUGUAGACGCUAUGGUAGAUCUAGGAAUUUUGAAAGAGAGAGUUAAAACCUUGGAAGUGAAGGUCGACGUUCUUGAAGGAGAAAACAAUAAAUUAAAAGAAUAUAUUUCUACUAUGAAUAAAAGAAUGUCUAAUUUAGAAGAGAUUGUUCUAAGGAUCUAA